CAUCUCCAGUCGGUGUGGAGAAGCUGGGAGUCUGGAGGAGCAGCAGGAGCAGGCAGCACAGAGUUCAGCGGCUCCCGCGUCCGUCCGACACUUAGCUAGAGCUGCUCCCCAGCAGGCAGUGGAGGUGAUGAUGGCGGCGGCUGUAGAGAGAGGAGGCGUCCGGGCCGCUUUCCUGAACCCGAGCAGCGGUGGCGGUGGUGGACCAGCACCGACAACCCUCCCAACCGGAGCGUUAGCCGGGGCUGUGGUCCUGGGCUCGGGCUCCGGCAGCAUGCCUGUACCCAUGAACCUCUUCGCGACCUGGGAGAUAGACCGAUCAUCCCCGAGCUGCGUUCCGAGGCUCUGCAGCCUCACACUGAAAAAGCUGGUUGUCCUAAAAGAACUGGAUAAAGAACUGAACUCCCUGUCUAUAGCUGUCAAAAUACAGGGUUCUAAGCGUCUUCUGAGAUCGAAUGAGUACGUCCUCCCACCCAGUGGACUGAUGGAGACAGAUCUGGAGCUCACAUUCUCACUACAGUACCCCCAUUUUCUGAAGAGGGACGCUAACAGACUGCAGAUCAUGCUGCAGAGGAGGAAACGCUACAAGAAUCGAACAAUCCUGGGUUACAAGACUUUGGCUGUGGGAGUUAUCAAUAUGGCUGAGGUGAUGCAACACCCGACAGACGGAGGACAGAUUCUGGGUCUCCAUAGCAACGUGAAGGAGGCGCCAGUGCGUGUGGCGGAGAUCAGCGUGUACUCACUGUCCAGCCAGCCCAUCGACCACGAGGACGGUAGCGGACAGGCUGGCCAAAAGACAAAAACCUCAGACCGCUCCCCAGACAUGGAUAACUAUUCUGAGGAGGACGAUGACAGCUACUCGUCAGAGCAGGAAGCCAGUGAUGACGCAGUUCAUGGCCAGGAUCUUUAUGAUGAAGACGAUGAGGUCAGGAAGCCCAAGAAAGCCCGGAGGAAAAUGAUCCGAACCACCUCCAUGACCAGGCAACCUAACUUCAAACAGAAGUUUGUGGCCUUGCUCAAGAGGUUCAAGGUAACAGAUGAGGUCCUGGACUCUGACCCAGUAGACCAGACCCAGGAAGUGGAGGAGGAUCUGGACUUACUUUACGACAGUCUGGAGGUGUACAACCAGAGUGACAGUGGGCCAGAGAUGGAGGACAAUGAGAGUGUCCUGAGCACUCCCAAGCCCAAACUCAAGCCAUUCUUUGAAGGCAUGUCUCACUCCAGCUCCCAGACAGAGAUUGGAAGCAUACACAGCCAAAAAAGCCAGCAGAGAGAGCUGUCAUGUCCGAGUGGAGACUUUCUGACUGUGGAGAGAUGUAAAGUGCAAGGAGCCCGGUAUCAAGAUGACAGCAUCACAGACACGACCAUUGGGGAGCCAGAGACUGACGACAGCGGGCCAGGGCCAGGGGAGGUGAGCAGCUGGGAUGUCAACACUGAACGGAUGACCAGCACUGUUGGCAAGCUCUGCAAAACUGAGUCCCAAAACCACAUGUCUCCCAGCAAAGUGGAGAACAGGCUGCAGAGGCGUCCUCGCAGCACCUCUAUGAAAGACAGACAGAACUCCAAGGCCCAGAGCGACAGGACCAGCAGCAUGGAGAGCGAGUGCUCCCCAGACUCACGACUUAUAGCACAGGUUCCCAGGAAGUCUGUGUAUGACCAGCUGAACCAGAUCCUCAUCUCUGAUGAACGCUUACCAGAAAGCAUCAUCCUCAUCAACACCAUGGAGUGGCAAGGACAGUAUGUAGCCGAGUUGCUCCAUGAACAGAGCCAGCCCAUUGUGUCCACCUGCUCUGCUGCAGAUGUUCAGGCUGCCUUCAACACCAUCGUUACUCGCAUCCAGAGAUUCUGUAACUGCAACGCACAGACACCACCAACCAUGAAGGUGGCUGUGGCAGGCGACCAGAGUUACCUCAGCACCAUCCUGAGGUUCUUUGUGGAGCAGCUGGCCAACAAGACACCUGACUGGCUCAGUUACAUACGCUUCCUGGUCAUCCCUAUAGGCUCUCAUCCCCUGGCCAAGUAUGUGGCGUCCUUUGACAGCAGAUUCAACAGCAUCUUUAUGGACACUGCAUGGAGGGAGCUGUUCUGCAGGACGGAACGGCCCGCCUCAGAUAACAUAGAUGUAGCAGGUCGGGUUGUUCAGUACCUGGCCGGUGCCAACGUGUCUCACCAGUUCCCCAUCUCAGAAGCCAUGCUCACCUACAAACAGAAGAGCCCCGACGAGGACUCCUGUCAGAAAUUUGUACCAUUUAUUGGGGUUGUGAAAGUUGGGAUUGUGGAGCAAAGCCUCUCAACCUCAGUGGACUCAGAUGAUGCGAUGGGGGGCAACACAAGCAUCCUGUCAUCCCCAACGCCCCCAUCGGCUGGUCCGUAUGGGAAGGAGAUCGGGGGAACCCCACCACAGUCUCCCUCUGUAUCCACCGCCCUGUCUGGAGCUGGUUCUCCGUGUUCAGGCAGUGAAGUGAUGGGGCUCCAGGUGGAUUACUGGACGUGGCAAGGCCCCGAGAAGAAGAAAGAGGGAGAGAAGAGAGACGUGGGACUAAAGAACACCCUGAAGAGUAACUUCCGUUCACUUCAAGUCAGCCGCCUGCCCUGCGGAGGAGAACUCACCCCUCCACCCAGCAUGGCUAUGACCGUAGUCACCAAGGAGAAGAACAAGAAAGUGAUUUUCCUCAGCAAAAAGCCCAAGGAGAAAGAGCUGGACUCUAAGAGCCAAGUGAUUGAUGGCAUCAGCAGGUUGAUCUGCACAGCCAAGCACCAGCACACGAUGCUGAGAGUCACUAUCGAUGGAGUGGAGUGGAAUGAUGUCAAGUUUUUCCAGCUCGCUGCCCAGUGGCCAACACAUGUCAAGCACUUCCCGGUGGGAAUCUUUGGUUACACUAAGCCCGUGUGACCCUGGCCACCAUCCUCUCACCACCACCAGACUCUCCGCUGCACUUGUCUCACCGAGAGGCUACAGAGAAUUAGAGGAAAAGCCAACGGGGCCCCCGGCAGUAAUAGUUUUCCUGUGGAAAUCUUACUGACUCACAACCACGUGUUCAAUACACAAAUUUCAUGUUGUCAAUUUGAUGUUUUUGAUGUUGAUGUUGGGUGGUGGUGUUGUUUUUUUACACACUACAAAAAGAACAAGUACUAUUUUGUAAGAUUUGUGCUACCGCCUCGGAGGUAUUUUGAGGUUUUUGACAAUUUGCCACAUUUCGAUAAUGGCAGCUGUGUUUGCACUUUGUUUUUGUUAACAUUUUAUUAUUUCUGUGAAAUCCUACAUUUAUUGUUACUCUAUAGACAAUGGAGGAGUGUGAUGGUGAUGUGCAGUGGCGUGUGUGAGAUUGUUUGAGACCGUGUUUGUGUUUGUUGUUGAAAGUUGGAAUAUUGCUGUGAAUCUAGACGGAAACCUUCUCUUCUAACUCAGUGCUCAGUUUUCUUACUCGUCCCUUUACUUUCUCGGAAAGGUAAAUUUUUAUAGCAAAGAACGCGAAAAUUCUUUUUGCCUCGUUGCUUUUAAGCACACUGUGUACCUAAAGCAAAUCCUAAAAAAACAACAUAAGCAAGGUAUUUUUGAAGGUAGCUAUAAUGAAUGUAGCUAUGACACAUUUGUAAGCAAUUCAUUCAUUGAAAGUGCUGAAGAUUUUGUAAUGAUGUUAGUGUACAGACUGUACAGUAACAACCACUUAGAAGCAGGGUAACAUGACACAAAACAACAUAUUUCAACUCCCAACAGCUGAAUGCCAAAUUUUUGUGUUAUUGUUUCAAGGCCCUGAUUUGUUGGUUUUUUUGUUUUUUUUUUACACCCCCCUCAGCGGUAGUCUCCACCUGCGAUGUAAUUAGGCCUUCUAGGAGUAAUUUCAGAUUUUAACAGCAUCUGUUUGUGCGUUCAACUUGAUGCACUGGUUUAUCUGAGAGGACGUCUCACAGACCUGAAGUAACUUAGCAAAUUCUGAAUCGCUCCAGAUGUGCAGUGAUGUGCCAAAGUCAAGUUUGUUUUACAGUCUAACCACCAGAGCUCUUGGCUUGGCCAAACUUCAUAGUAUGUUGAGCUGCAAACUGAAAUCAUAUAUAUAUAUAAUAUAUUUGUGGUCCCUGUGGAGAUCAGUAUUAAAAUUACUGAAUUCAUUUUGAAAAAAAAAAACUAUUUACUAUUGCUCCACUUUUGGCCAAAUCUAAACACGUGAAGCAUUUACAGUAGUGUGCACAUUCUACUAAAGCAAUUACCGUUGUGUCCUUUUUAAUACAGCUUCACCGUGGCUGGACAUGUAAGUAGUACCCAACCUAGAACAUACUGAGAAGUUGGUCAUUCAGUAUUGUUUAGGCCCGUUAUGGAAAAAUGACUAAUAAGAAUGAGUUGGUCUGACUUGAAACAUGCUUUGAGAUCAGUAUCGAGCGAAAUGCAAGUAUUGAAUAGUUUUAAAAAUAUGAUGAAAAGUGUAUGAAGUCUUGCCAGAUGUCCAAGUCACUGCCUAUGUGUGUCUGUGUAGGUGUGCUAUAUGUUUGAUGGUACUCCCUGAAUAGUGUUACGUGAAACUUUUGCAAUAGGAAACCUUUGGACAAAGGGCCUUCUGUAUGAGUUUGUUGUUGCUUUUUAUAAAGUGAAGACUUACAAGCUUUGAUAGGCUGGCUUUUUUUUAGUAUUGUAUAUAAAUAUAUAUAUACAAGAUGUAUUAUUGUGAAUUGCAAAUCCCCCCCCUUCCACUAAAUUGAAAGCACAAAUAGCUUACUUUUAUUUCUUGACAUAAAUGCCAAAUAUAUUUCCAGAACUCAAGAACUAUGAAGUCGACUUGUACAAUGCAAACACUAUUAGGUUGUUAUGUAAUUUCUCAUACAUUUCCCUCACUUUGUAAUGCACUUUCAUGUGGUUUUAUACACAUUUUAGCUCAAAUUGGGACACAGUUUGGUUUUGAGGUGAAGUGUUAGAGGUGUUAUUUUUGAAAUGUAAACCACUACCUAUAGACAAGAGAAGGCCGUUUUUUUUGUUUGUUUUUUUUAAAUAGUUUUGAAAAUGAUCCUUUUUCAUGGGGAUGUUGUGUUUAUGUUGAUGGGUUCAAGCGCCCUCUGAGGUCUGAAAAAAACCUUCAUGGCUGUCUGUUACUUAAUGUUUUGCCACUUGAUGUUGAAAAUCUUAUUUUGCAGCUACCACCGUAUGUGUCUGCCUGUGACUAAACAGUCAAACUUUGAUGUCUCCUGCUUUUUGAGAGUGUUCACUAUCUUCUCUUAGCUGGGAGACAAACUGGCCCUUACUCAUUAAUAAACUCGGGCUGUGAAGUGUUAGCCACGGCAGAGGCGUUUGAGGGAAUUUGUCAUGUGUUAGCCUUUUAAAAACUAAACGGGCAUAAUGUCAAGUGUAUUUCAGUGUAUUUGACCUCAAGUUUUAUUUUUUUUUGCCCUGAAUCUAGAGGUAGCAUGGGGGUGUUAUACAAGGCUGGAUCAAUGAGCAGGCAUGCUCACUUUAUGUCACCAUUUUCUUCAAUUAGAAAUUGAGCACUGCUAAAACUAACUUUAACAUCAGUGUUAAUGUUGUUCAUUAAUGGUCAAACUACACAAAUUACUACAUGCCAUCUCAUUGCUCCUGUUACUUGAAAUGCCACCCGGUGUCUUUGCACAAACCCUAUUUUAAAAGACAUGACAGUAUUUUUAAAUUUACCACUAAA